AUGACAAUUCUUCGUUCAUUGACAAGAUCGGCAACUGCUUUGCCACGUUUGGCAUCUUCAAGCAGUAAUGCAUCUUCUCGUAUCUUGUUGCCUUCCACAACUGCUGCAUUUUCAACUUCUUCAGUAACACCUUAUGCAUCUACAGUCUCAGCACCUCGUGCACAAGGAUUAAAGAAAGUUGGAGGCGUUUAUACUGUCACCUUGAUCCCAGGUGAUGGUAUCGGUCGUGAAAUCGCAGAUAGCGUAAAAGAAGUCUUUCAAUCUCUAAAUGUGCCAGUUGAAUGGGAACAAUUUGACGUUUCAGGUGAAACACAUGGUAGCGAAUCUUUGUUCAAAGAAGCAAUGGAAAGUUUAAGAAGAAACAAAGUUGGUCUCAAAGGUAUCCUUUUCACUCCAAUCGAUACUGCUUCCCAUAACAGUUGGAACGUUGCCAUGCGUCAACAAUUAGACAUUUAUGCUUCUUUGGUCGUUUGCAAAAGUUUACCUGGUUAUGCAACCCGUCACAAGGAUGUUGACUUUGCCAUCAUUCGUGAAAACACAGAAGGUGAAUACAGUGGUUUGGAACAUCAAUCUUACCCAGGUGUAGUCGAAUCCCUCAAAGUCUCCACACGUGCAAAGGCAGAACGAAUCGCUCGUUUCGCAUUCGAUUUCGCAAUCAAGAAUGGUCGUAAAAAGGUUACCUGCGUUCACAAGGCAAACAUUAUGAAAUUGGGUGAUGGUUUGUUCUUGAACACAUUCAGAAACGUUGCACAAAACGAAUACGGUAACAGCGGAAUCGAAUUUGACGAUAUGAUUGUCGAUAACACUUCUAUGCAACUCGUCUCUCGCCCGCAACAAUUUGAUGUUAUGGUCAUGCCAAAUUUGUACGGAAACAUUGUUACAAACAUUGGUGCUGCCCUUGUUGGUGGUCCAGGUACCGUUCCGGGUUGCAACAUCGGUCGUGAAUACGCUCUAUACGAACCCGGAUGCCGUCACGUUGCAAAGGAUAUCAUGGGUUUGGGUACCGCCAAUCCAGCUGCUCUAUUAUUGAGUUCAACAAUGAUGUUGCGUCAUUUGGGUUUGGACCCUCAUGCCAACCAAAUCGCUGAUUCAGUUUACAAGGUUCUCCAAGAAGGUAAAGUUCGCACUGCUGAUAUGGGUGGAAAGGCAAAAACUCAAGAUUUCACUCAAGCCGUCAUUGCUAAUUUCUAA